AUGAGAUUCCCCCGCUCAGCCCCCGCUCUCCUGCUGAGCCUCGCGGUCCCUUGGCUCGUGGACGCCGGCAUCCCCGUUGUCGGGGUGGGUUCGACCUCUGAAGCCGUUCCUCUGAGGAGGAAUAUCAACGAGUUGGCGGCCGAGGCUGGUCCACAAUGGGACCUCUACAUCCAAGCUCUGAUCGAGAUGCACGAAGCAAAUGCUACUGACGAGUCUUCCUACUUUCAGGUGAUGGGAAUCCAUGGAAAGCCCUUCAUCGAGUAUAACGGUGGCGGGGAGCAAAGGGUAGGGACAGAUAAGUGGAGGGGGUACUGUCCUCAUGGUGUGAGAAGCCCGGGAAAAAAAAUCUCGUCCCCAGCGAAGGCCCUUGACUGA